AUGCCGGGCCAAUCCCACAGCCGGGACCGGCACAGCGACCGGAAACGCACACGCGAGCGCGAGUAUAUCCGCGGGCGGUACGAGGAUGGCGACGAAGGCACGACAUCCAGCCCUAGUAAUGCCCGCAGCGGCAAGUACCAAUUCGGGCAAGGCGAAUCCGGUUACGAUUCGUACGACUACGGGGAACGGGACGAGGAAGACGAAGAUGCCCUCUACGAGGAGGAGAGACGGCGGCGCGAACGACGUGAGAGGCGCCGACGUCGCGAGGAAGAGCGGGGAUAUGCAGAUCCGAUUAAGGGGCGGCGCAGGGAGAGCUCCAAGGCUAAGGAGUCGCCUGCGACGUCGCCGAUUAAGAGGCGCGAUCGGGAGCGCGAUCGCGAUGGGCAUCGGCGGCGUCGAGGGGACGCCGAUGAAGGGAGUCCUGUGAAGGAUUUGCGCGACAGGAGAUAUCGGUCUCGUGGUGAUGAGAAUGAAGAGCGUGAGCGAUCGCGCGAUGUGGAUGCGGAGGAGCGCCGGCAGAGACGUCGUGAGCGAGAGCGACAACGAGAACGAGACAGAGUCCGCGAACAGGACCUGGAGGCGGCUGCUGCUGUUUCGGCGGCGCGGAAGCACCAAAGCACCGAGUCUGCUAGCAGUGCGUCACAUCUUUUGAGUGCAGAUGCGCUGGCGCGACUGGCGUCUGAGCACGAAGAUGAAGAUCGUCGCGAGCACCCUCGUGCGCGUGAUUCUCCUCGCAAGGACCGGCGCCAGCGCAAACGCGCUGCCGUUGAGGGUGCAGCGGCAGGUGCGCUUGGUGGUGAGCUGGUUGAAGGGAGAUCACGGCACAAAUCUGGCGCUCGGGUCGUGUCUGGCGCGUAUCUUGAGGAAGGUCGAAGCCCCGAUAUGAGAAUUCGACAUCGUGGCGGUGGAGGCCCGGCGAUGGAAGACCAUUGGUAUAAAGAAGGGAGCUGGGACGGGACCGACGAAGGCAGCACUGGGCCGCCGGCUUGGAAAUUCUGGUCAUCUUGGUCAAGAAAGAAACGGCUCUGGGUUGGAGCGAUAGUCGCGGUGAUUCUGUUGCUUGCCAUAUUCAUCCCAGUCGGCGUGGUGGUCUCGAAGAAGAAGGGCUCGGAUUCCGACUCGAGCUCUGACUCUGGACCGGCCAAUUCAAAUCUCAACGAGAUCAGUCGGGACAGCAUUCCUGCUGACGCAAAGGGUACUGUCCUGGACCCCUUCACAUGGUACGACACCGAGGGCUUCAAUGUCACAUACACCAGUCACACGGUGGGUGGGCUGUCGGUGAUGGGCAUUAACUCGACCUGGGACGACUCGGCCCGACCAAAUGACAAGGUCCCCCCUCUGAACGAGCCCUUCCCGUACGGCUCGCAGCCUAUCCGCGGAGUGAAUGUCGGCGGGUGGCUGUCAAUUGAGCCGUUCAUUUCGCCGUCAUUGUUCGAGCGUUACUCGUCUCAGUCCAAUGUUAUCGACGAAUGGACCCUGAGCGAGAAGUUAGGAGACUCCGCAAAGAGGACGAUUGAAAGGCACUAUUCGAGCUUCAUCACCGAAAGUGAUUUUGCCGAAAUCAAGGACGCCGGGCUGGACCACGUUCGCAUCCAGUAUUCCUACUGGGCCGUAACAACCUACGAUGGUGACCCAUACGUGGCCAAGAUUGCAUGGCGUUAUCUCCUCCGUGCCAUCGAGUGGUGUCGGAAAUACGGGUUACGAGUGAACCUCGACCUCCACGGUGUGCCCGGCAGCCAAAAUGGGUGGAAUCACAGCGGUCAUCAAGGGAAGAUCAACUGGAUCAUUGGAACAGACGGCGCCCUGAACCGGAAGCGAUCACUCGAGGUCCACGACCAACUAUCAAAGUUCUUCGCGCAGGACCGGUACAAGAAUAUCGUGACCAUCUACGGGCUGGCCAACGAGCCCUUUCUGAUGUCGAUGCCUGUCGAAAAGGUGCUGGACUGGACCGACGAGGCAGCCAAGCUAGUCCGCAAAAAUGGCAUCAAUGCCACUCUGGUUCACCACGAUGGGUUCCUUAACCUGGAUAAGUGGAAGCAUAUGUUCAAGGAUCACCCGGAUAACAUGUACCUGGACACGCACCAAUACACGAUCUUCAAUACUGGCGAGAUCGUGCUGAACCACACGGCCAAGGUGGACAUUGUCUGCAACAGCUGGCACCCGAUGAUCAAGGAGAUCAACACCACUAGCAAAGGAUGGGGCCCUACCAUCUGCGGUGAAUGGUCCCAAGCUGACACCGACUGCACCAAAUACCUCAACAACGUAGGCCGCGGCACGCGCUGGGAAGGGACAUACGACCCCAAAUCCACAACUGCGUAUUGUCCAACCGCUGACAACGGUCCAUCCUGUAGCUGUGCCAACGCCAAUGCCGACCUCGCCGACUACUCGGACGACUACAAGAAGUUCCUGCAGACUUAUGCGGAGGCGCAGAUGUCUGCGUUCGAGACUGCCCAGGGCUGGUUCUACUGGACGUGGCGUACUGAGUCGGCGGCGCAGUGGAGCUAUCGCACGGCGUGGAAGAAUGGGUUUAUGCCGAAGAAGGCAUAUUCGCCUGCUUUCAAGUGUGGGGACUCGAUUCCUGAUUUUACAGGGCUCAAGGAGUAUUAUUGA